AUGCAAUACAAUGACUCAGUUAAUAUCUGGAUUGAGGUUAAUGGACAAAAUCGUCGAUAUUUACCGUCAGUCAUAGUACAGAACGGCACUUUUCUUACAUACUACACACCUCUAUCAACCGACUAUGGAACAAUUACUUUCGGAGCGUCACAUCCAUCACUGAAAGGAAUAAAUGAUGGCACGGUACAAGAUCGUCUAAUAUAUUUAGGCCUACAACUGCAAAUUCUUACUACAUCUACCUUACAGAUUCGAACUGGAUCCAUGAGCUACUUUCCAUCUAUAGCUAGAAUUUUGAAUCCAACCAGUAUAGAUGUGUCGAAUUUAACAAUACUAUUAAUAGGUCCAAGUAUCCUUACAAACAAUUACAACAUCACUUUCAACUGCUCACAAGCAAAUUUCACUGUGAUACCGGCUAACUCGGAGUGCUUGCUUGACUUAAUUCUAAGCUUCAAUGUCUCCUACCUCGGACAGAUUGGCUUUCGAUUCGCUCACAGUCAAAUUAGACCAUUAUACUUAAUUCUAAACGUCAACGUGAAGUAUGAUAAGCCUGCUUUUGAUAUCUCACCACCAUCAAGAACUCUUACAGUUGCUCGUGGAACACAACAAUUUAUCACAGCUACGAUUUAUAACAUUGGCUCUCGACAAUCUGGGACUUUAUCAAUUCAAGUUCCAACAGAUCAAACUUACUUUUCUGUUGUAACACCGACAGUCUCACCUAUACCAAUCGAUGGUAAUGCUACAUUGAUAUAUUCAGUUCGUAUUCUUGAUACUGAUCUACUUAGCAUCGUUGAUUUAGAGAGUCAAAUAAUCGACUUGGAAAAUCAAAUAUCCACAAAAAUAUCGCUUCGCCUCAUCAUUGUGGGUAGUGAUACAACAUUAGUAAACGUCACCUUCGUCAUCGAAGAUGAGUUUACUUAUUUUGUCGCUGGUCAACCACAUGUUGCGAAUGCAACUCUAACUUUCGUCAGUCGAAACCUCGGAACGACGCAGAGUAUAAGAACUAAUACAGAAGGCCUGGCACAGAUCGCACUUCAAGCUGACCUCUAUCAGCUCUCAGUCAUUGCUAUGAACCAUUCAUCCUUCACAUCGAUAGUUACAAUAGAUGUAUCAUUAAAUGGACGAUCCUACUCAAUAUUUCUUCAGCGACAAGCGGUCACCUAUACAUGGACUGUAACACCAACAAAAUUUCAGGACGAAUAUGAUCUUACACUCGAUGCUAGUUACGACGUGGAAUUGCCAAUACCGACUGUCGUUAUUUCACCCUCCAUCAUCAAUAUAAAUGAUUUGGAAAAUAGUGAUGUUAGUCAACUUGAAUUAACCUUAACUAAUCAUGGACUCAUUAAAGUUGAUAAUGUACAAGUUAUUCUCACUGAUAAACAUCCAUUCCUAAAAUUCUACCCUUUAAAAAAUGGUUCCUUAGGUGAGAUUCAAGCAAAUUCAUCAAUUAUUGCAGCAUUUCGUAUUGAACGUUUGAAUGUGACUAGUCGAAAGAGGCAUGCAGUGUCGCCAGAAGUUCUUAGGGAAGAUCCAUGUCUGUCGAGUAUGACAGUGUAUGAAUAUUAUUGUGGUAACAAGCCUGUAGGAGUACAAUUACAAGUACCCUUUUUUAAAGAAAGCAUGAGUAAUGUUCUAUCAUCGAUGGGUGCAAUAGCAAGCGUAGAAUGUGCCGAGUUUCCCGUACAACCUGGAAAUCUGUUUAAUAUAGUUCCAUGGUUACAGGCAUACGGGUAUACAGCCGCAUUAAUUAUAGAUACUAUCUCUAUUUUGCCUAUCCCGAUUUCUAUUACGGAUACAAGUACGGAUCCGACUUUAACCAUUUAUAAUAGCACGAUCUUUGAACCGAUUGAUCUUAUCUCUCCUAGUUCAGAAUCAUAUGUACAUCCAAAUACUAUUCCAACGUCGAUGGUUUGUGCAUUCGAAGUCUGUAUAUUGGCAAUUAUUGAUUGUGAUAUAGAUGUAGAAACGACAAGUUCUCGUGAGUAA